UGUUUUUGUUGUUUUCGUUUCUCAGACCGCAGUGUUUAUCCGCGUCUGGGAUGCGGAUAGAGCUUUUGCUUCCGAUUUUCUGUUUUUGUUUCAACGUACAGUUCGAAUCUGCCGCAGUUUUGGUUCGUGGACCUGAUUGAUUUGAAAACAAAUUGCCUGGAAGCCCGAGAGUCUCGUUGACUAGUUGUCUGAAAAACCCGCCACUUAUCAGAGUCCCGCCAUUGACCCACAAAAUAUUAAUAAAGAACUUUUAAAUAAUUUGAUCACGAUGGCGUCGACGAUCCUGGAUUGGCGCGAACGCGUCACGGUGACGGCGAUAUGAUGAUCACGGUGACGACAAUAUGCAAUCCUGUAAGCCGAAGGUCACCGACCUAAAUCCACAUCUACUAUGCGUUCUGUGCGGUGGAUACUUCGUGGAUGCAACGACGGUGAUCGAAUGUCUGCACUCCUUUUGUCGAAGUUGUAUUGUCAAGUAUCUCGAACGCAACAAAUAUUGUCCAAUAUGCGAUGUAUUGGUCCACAAAUCAAAACCUUUAUCCAAUAUCCGGCCAGAUCACACACUGCAAAAUAUUGUUUACAAACUGGUUCCGCGUUUAUUUCAAAAGGAAAUGGUAAUGAGAAGAGACUUUUACAAUCGAAACAAAGUGUAUUUACCCAGGGACCCGAUGAGCCGUGGUGUUGUACCUGAUGACUAUCACAUAUUUGCUGCUAGCGAUGCAAUCAGCAUAUGUCUUUAUUAUGAAUGUGAAAAAAUUGACAAAUAAAAUAUACAAGAAAAACAUAAGCGAUAUCUGUGGUGCCCAGCAUCGCUGACAGUUAUAAAUUUAAAAAAAUUAGUAUACAUCAAAUAUGAAUUAAUUCCAACGGAUCAUUAUGUAGAGUUUUUCUACCAAAAUUAUUUACUAGACGAUCACUUGACUUUAAUGGAUGUUGUUUAUAUGUUUGAUUGGAAAAGGAAAGAUCCACUUUCAAUGACUUAUCGAAUCCUUAAAAUUGAAAUUGAACCUCUUUUAAACGACGACGUAGCAAAAGAAGAAAGUAUAAUUGAAUCUAAAAAAGAUGAUGAAAAGUCUGAAGAAAACCAAAAUGAUUUGCAUCAAAAUGUAGUCAACACAGAGAUACGUAAUGAAGGUAACCCAAAAGUAGAUGACAACCCGAUGGUUGUUGAGAAAAUUCCAGAUUCCAAAGAAGUACAAUUGGAAAUAAGUGAAAAUGGUAUCAUGAAAGUUACAAAUAUUAACCAGAGUAGAGAGACAAUACAAGCUAAUGUGACCAUAGAGCCAACUGAUUUAGUUAAAAACGAAAAUCCAUCUAAACCUGGGGAUAUAAAUGACAGCAAAGAUGACGAUAAGAAAAAAGCUUUAAAAGUAUAUCCUGGGUCGAAAAUAAAAAAAACCAAACCAAAAUUAGACACUAUUGUUGAAAAAAUUAAAAAGCAAGGAACUAAAUAUAAAACAUUAACAUCUCCAACAAAACACUGGAAUCCAAGUAUAUCAAAAACUUCAGUUUUAGCAAAAAAAAAAGAAAUAAAUGGAAUUGAUAAAAAGUGUCAAAAAUUUUUCAAAUCAAGAGAUGAUAAAAAAGAUGAAGAUAAAGCUGAAGACAGUUUGAAAAGGUUAGCUGAAGUGCCUCUAAUGAAAAUUAAUCCUCAAACAUUAUGUCCAAUUAUGCCUGCUUCUCCAGCUAAGAAGCCCAAAAAACCUGUUCCUAAAAAAAAUACAUUAGCCCAUUCUUUGGCUCUACUACCGGUCCGACCAACAAACCAUAACCCAUUUACCAACCCAUUGAAUCCAUUCAUGUAUGGAACAUUUCCAAACAAUUCAAAUGGAGAUGCAGGAGAUACAAAUGAUUUUCUAAAAGCCAUGUCUGAAUUAUGUCCGCCAUCAUCAGCAUAUCACAAUUCUUUGCCACCGUCGGUUAGUGUACUUUUCAACCCCUUAUAUACUCAUCACAGACAAUGUCAGGCUAAGAAGGCUUCUGUAGCUAUAGCUCAAGCACCGGACAUACUGAAAUUACCUGCCAAUAAAAAUGAAGAAAAAUCUGAACAGUUAGAAGAUAAAACCAAUGAUAAAGGUAAAGAUAAAGACGAGUGUACUAAUAAUAAUAAAGGCGAAGAGAAAAUGGAAGUCGAAAAAGAAAAAGAAAAGGGAAAAACUUAAAACAGUGAUUACUUGAGAACUCCAAACUAAAAAAUUGAAACCUAUAUAAUUAAAAUCUUUAGAUUAUGAUAGGUCUAACAUAGAGGAUUGCAAAUAUUUUAAGAUUUUUAUCUCAACAUAAUUCCUUAUGAAAGGUAUUUGAUUUAAUCUUUUCUACUUUCUGUAUAGUGAAUACACUUAACAUAGAGUUUCUAAAGAUUUUUUUUUACCUUUGAACUAACAAGAUUUCAAUGUAGUAAAGUAUGAUUGUUUUCCCCCCAUUUGCUUGUAUGAUUAAUGAUAUCACGUAUCCAUGACAAUAUUAUCUUAAAUGUAAAAUGCAAAUUUAUUUGUGAUUAUAUCUUUUAGGCAUAUGGUUGACCAUUUUGUUGAAAUGUGAUUAACUGGUUGUUUAUACUUAUGUUAGGAUAAAUUUCUUUUAAGUAAUUUUGUACCGUGUGGUUUUGAGGCGCAUAAUUUGGGGAGAAGGGAGGAAGUGAGAUUGCUCCUCCCAAAGAUUGUAUUGAAGUAACUAAUCAUUAAUUAAAAAAUAUAAAAAAUAGGUUUUCAAUUGUUAAGAGUAACUAUAAUGUUUAGAUCGUUUUUUUUUAGAUUAGUCAGUUCAAACAUUACUUGUGCCUCAGGCAAGCAUUUAAAUACUUCAUAAAUAACCUACAUUUACCCUACAUAUUAUUUACAUAAAUAAGGUUCCAACUUAUGGCAAUUAUAGCUAUCCACAAUCU